CCUACGUUCAAGACAUUGACGCCGACUUCUCGCACACAGCUGAAGCAACAGUUGAUGCGCGAACAUGCACAGGAGCAGCUGCGCAGAGAAUCGUUACAAGCACAACAAGCAGGCCAGUCCAAGGACAAUGAGGAGAAGAAGAAGUCAAGUCCGGCGGAGGUGCCGCGGAUCACGCCUCACGUUGACCUACCGCCACAAGUAUUACAGGUGCGAACAGUUCUGGAGAACCCCACCAGGUAUCACGUGAUACAGAAACAGAAGAGUCAAGUGCGCCAGUACCUUAGUGAAUCAUUUCAACCUCAGACACAGGUGUCACCGCGAUGUGCGCCGACGCAGUCUGCGCCGGAGUUGGGCACGCGGCGCGCGUCCUCUCCGGAGCGACCCUCCUCCUCACUGCGCUCGCCCGGCAUACCCUCUGCUAGUAAUAAUUCAGAGGCUGACGAGUUCCUAGAAGACAUCCUAUCAUUAGACAGUGGUGCGGGUCCCCUCUCCUCGUCGGGCCCUCCGUCGGCCGCCAGCUCCGUGGCCGGAGACUGCGCCCUCCUCACAGAGUCAGACAUGCACGCCCUCGCCAAGGAUAGACAGAAGAAAGACAAUCAUAAUAUGAUUGAAAGACGCCGCCGCUUCAACAUAAACGACCGGAUAAAGGAAUUAGGCACGUUACUGCCUAAAACAAACGAUCCCUUCUACGAAGUGAUUAGGGACGUGCGGCCGAACAAAGGCACUAUCCUAAAGAGCAGCGUGGACUAUAUCAAAUGUUUGCGAGAUGAAGUGAACAGAUUGAAACAAGGUGAACAGCGGCGGAAACAAAUUGAAAUACAUAAUAGGAAAUUAAUGUUAAGAAUACAGGAGUUGGAGCGACUGGCGCGCGUGCACGGGCUGCCCCUGUCGGGGUCUGGCGGCGCCUCCCCGCUGGGCGAGGACGCGGGGCUCGAGCCCGCCGCCGACCCCGCCAGCGACCCGCGCGCCGCGCCGCCCGCCGCCACCCCCACUGCUGCACCGGAGCUGGUCCUUCCAAAGUCGGAGCCAGCGUCCCUGAUGGAGUUCGGCGAGCAGCCCCCCGACCUGCUCCGCGACAUGCCCUCCGCGGAGUGUCUGUCCGCCCUCGACGCGCUCGGUACGACUCCUCAAUACAUUGCUAUUGAUGGUCUAAAGCUAGGUUCCUGUUCCCCCCUCAGUCGAGACGAGGGCCUGUCACUGGGCUGUCUCGAGCCAGACUUGUGUCUGGAACCCGUGCCAGACCACCUCUUCAACCAUAAAGACAUUAAGAUGCGUCUAUCUCCCACCCCGAACCUGCUGAGCAACGAGGACAGUGACGCCGUACUCAACCUCGCACAUAUAGAGGACCUCAUGGACGAUGACUCGCACAACCCCGUCACGCAAGGGGAUCCAAUGCUCUGCUCGUCUCCUACAUCGCAGCUGUGCCUGAGCAACGUGGUGGCGGAGGCAGCCGACAGGAACAUCUCCUCCAUGCUGCAUGAUGACUCCAACACCUUCCACACUGCUGGCUCAUCAUCCCUGCUAUCAGAAAGCGCACUAGGCCUUGGAGCAGGCCUGGCUUUAGGCGAAGGCCUACCAGCAUUACUCCUAGGACACCAUCACGCGCCGCACUCCCCGCACUCUCAUCCAAGGCAGCAUUGCUUCGACAUGGACCUCGGAGCGUAAAGGACGCAGGUUACUUAGAUAGCGCCAUCUCUUAUUCACAACCUGAAACUUAGUACCAAUCAAAUAGAAUAUUAUAAUAUUCAAUACAAUGUUAAUCUGGUCUGGUAUUGAAAAGGGACAUCCGCACCAAAAACUAUAAUUUUGUAUACGUGAAAUAUUAUAUUUCGUAGUGACAAAGAAGUUGAAAUAGACAAUCGUCUCUUAAUAGUUCCAAUCCAAAUCAAGAGAUGGCUCUGUUCUACAAUACUUAUACUCCAUUGGAGCGACGUAGAAUUUCUUGGCUAAGAGUAUUGGUAGCUGAAAAGGUUAAAAUACAUCAUUAAAAACACAAUUUAGAGAUCUCUUCCAUGAGUUUUGAGUGAAAAAGACGCGCAUGAGUGCCUUAACGAAUAAGAUUCUCAAUAAGACAGUGAACUGACGCACGCAAUGUUCCGUACCUACCUUCUUGUUCCUAAUCGCAUAUCUACUUAGACAUAAGAAUCUACAUAUCGACAUAGUAGCUUAAUUACUGUAUACACGCAAAAUAAACUAUCUUUAUGCUAUUGAAAAUAUCUAUCAUAAACUUUUUCAUAUUUAUUUAAUGUAUUCAAACGGCAAAUUACUUAAUUUCACUGUUGUAUUUUAUAUUUAUAAAAAUCAUCUGUUGAGAAAAUAUAGUAGGUACUAUCUACUUACUGCUAUUUGCCAAAAACAUAUCACUUUUUUAUUUUAAACGAUAGUUCAUAUUGCAGUUUAAUAAUGCAGUUGUAUCCAUUCGAAGUAAUAGGUACGGAACCAAAAUCGAUGUUUUCUAGUGAUGAUUUGUGUUCAAAAUCAGGGUUAAGUUGGAGAAUGUAUGCGUUGAAUGUAUAGACAGUACAAGCUGAAUGUUUCAGAUGAUGAUAUUAAAUGUGUGAAGAUUUAAAAUCGUAUUUAUCAAAAAUUUGAAAGCAAUAAUUGAGCUAAUAGUCUCAGAAAAAGAAGCAUAUUGUAUCAUUUUUGACAGAUGUCACUUUUGACAACUGUCAGUAACGUCAAAUUUAUUUCCGUUGUUGGAAGAACACUACUGAAUGUGUAGUCCUCAACUAGAAAUGUUUUUCAUUAUCAAACGAACUACGUACUGAAACGUAUGCAUUAUAUGUAUUAACACAAAAUCACGACAGAUACGGAAUCCCAGUUAAGCAAAAGUCAAAAAGUGCAAUAUGUUGACAAAAAGAUUAUAAAUAAUCUGUUUUGUAUAAAAACACAGACUUCUUACAAAACUAAGUAAUACUUAGUGCAAAACAUUUUAACUCUUUGAUAUAUUUACCGAUUAUAUUUACCGAUCAAAUAGGAAAUAAACUUGAAAUUUCAUAUAUAUAAAUUACUUUAGAGCAGACAGCGUGUAAAUAUACAAAUAAUAGGUAUUUAGCAAAUUUUCUCCAUUAUUAGUUUAGGUUAUAUAUCUAAGUACUAUGUGAUUGUUUAGUUACCGAAAUAUUGUAUUUUUUUAUUAAUUCCCCCUUGAAAUAUCUACUAUUCAAAAUCAUUAGUAGCUAAUUUAAUUUUUGGUGUUGCAACACCGCCAUAUUGUACAUAAAAAAUGGUUUUCUUUAGUGUUAAUCGCAGCUAAUUCAUUUAUUUCUUACUUUGAAAAACUAUCAAUAUGAAAUCAUAUUUCACACCAAUUUUAUUAUGAAAUAAAAUAUUAAGACAAAAGAAAAUAAUGUAAAUAUUAUAUAGACGCACAUUCACUCGCUUCAACACAAAUUUUAAUAAUAAAAAAGUAUUUUAAAUUAUAUAGAGAGGUGCUAUAUUUUUAUAUACAAUUUAAUUAUAACGAAACUGGGAUAUACAUACCUAUGGACCACAUUUUUGUACAGAAUAAAGUCAUUGUGAUACAAAAUAUUAUAUUUUUAGAUGAUAUUUAUUUAGAUAUACAAGCUAUAUUUUUGUAUAUAAUAAACUUAGUUACUUUAUCACGAAGUGCCUUGCUUUUUAGCCAAUUUAGUAGGAAAAGCUUGAUUUUUUCUAAAAAAAACGUAUGUAAAUAGAUUUUGUUAAAAAUCUAACACUGGUUAAGAGAAACACUAUGUACUUGUUAAGUUUUUAUGAUGAAUUUACGAUAUUUCAUUGUAUUAUGAUAUUCUUGAUACUAUUUGACUAUUUUACAGUUGUAGGACCGACUGUAAACAGCUAAAAAUCUGAAAAGUCGGUCCAAUCAACUAAGUCGUAACGACUAUAAACAAAACAAACCGUAAAAGUUGCCAGUUACAAAAAUAUAUUUAUACCUUUUUUAAACAAGCGGUACAAAAUUGUACGAAUUUUUUUCAAAUGUCUGGCAACUCUAUACGGUUGUUGAGAAUUACGAACAAAACGUAUUUCCUUAAGGUUUAAGAAAGAGAUGUUGCGAAUCAGUGAGCCAAUCACUUAUUGUUAGUAAAUAAUGUUCGUUUUUGUUAAUAUUAUUACUAUUGCGCGCAUGUUUUACGUAUGUAUCUAGUAUUUCGCUCGAAUUAGACAAUCUAGUAUAGAUAUCUGGCUAUUUAUUAUAAUAGAUACACUUUAAUCAAUUAUUUAUUUUAUGAUUUGCAAAUGUUUUAUUUUUAUUGUACUUUUU